AUGGAGAUGUCCAGGAAGAUCUUUGUCAGUGCUUUCCUCCUGUUUGUCCUGUCUGUGGAAACCUGCUUGGCUCAACACUGGUCUUACGGCCUGCAACCAGGAGGAAAAAGGAAUGCUGAAAACCUGGUAGAAUCAUUUCAAGAGAUUGCAAAUGAAAUGGAAAAAUUUGGGGAAGCAGAGAGGAGCGAAUGUCAUUCCAGGUUUGGCAAUCUGAAGGAAGCCAUGGAAAGUCUGAUUGAAGGAGAAGCUAGACGAAAGAAGAUUUAA